AUGGAGCACCUUGAUAUGGACACAUUGAGAUCACACCCAGCAGAGAACAAAGUCAUGAAAAGGGCCUCCCUAGUCGGAGUUUCAACCACCACUUUGUUCUAUGUUCUAUGUGGUUGCGUAGGUUAUGCAGCAUUUGGAAAUCAUGCUCCUGGAAAUUUCCUCACUGGUUUCGGUUUCUAUGACCCAUUCUGGCUUAUUGAUGCUGCUAACAUUUUCAUUGCCAUCCACCUCAUAGGUGCAUACCAGGUUUUCUGCCAACCCAUAUUCCAGUUCGUCGAGACUCGUUGCUCUAAGCAAUGGCCAGAAAACAAAUUCAUAACCAACGAAUAUGCCGUCAACGUCCCAAUAAUCGGAACAUACUACAUCAACUUCUUCCGGCUGGUGUGGCGAACGUCGUACGUGAUCGUCACUGCCGUGGUGGCCAUGAUAUUUCCAUUCUUCAAUGACUUCCUGGGUUUGAUCGGAGCUGCCUCAUUCUUUCCAUUGACUGUGUACUUCCCCAUAGAGAUGUACAUUGCUCAAUCAAAAAUACCCAAGUUUUCAUUCACCUGGGUGUGGCUGAAAAUCCUGAGCUGGGCUUGCCUUGUAGUAUCACUUGUUGCUGCUGCUGGGUCCAUACAGGGACUGGCCCAAGAUGUCAAGACCUACAAGCCCUUCAAAACUCAGUAA